AUCACCCUGCUAUGGAUGUGAUUUACAUUUGUUAUAUAUCUUCAUUAAUUUUCUGUAUAAGACUUGCAUGCCAGCUUCAAAGGAUUGCAUUUGGUUCUUGACAUGAAUUUGACCCCCCUGGUCUGGAUUCAGAUAAAGGGAGGUGCAAUGCACCAGGUGGAUUCUACAAGAUACUUCUGAUAGUAGGCGAUGCUAUCCAGCUUUCCCAUGAUUAUUGUAACCGUGGUCAACCUCACUUCCUUGGUACAUAAUAUUAGGUAUGUGAAAAUUACACCCAUCUUUGCUCUCUAUAUUAGACUCCUUGAAUCCUUGGUAGCAUUCAUAAUUCCACCAAGUUAAAGUUUGAUGAUACUGUGUUUGGUUUUGAAGAAUGGGAAUCAGAAUGUGAAAAGAAAAAGGUUGGUGAUUUUUCUUACCGGAGAAUCUUAUAGAGCAACUGGGAGAGAUAGGACAGGUGACAGUAUAUUAAAGUAGUUUAAUUGACAGUAUUUUAAAGUAGUUUAAUUGAAAAUUUUCAUUUAUCUUCUUCGUAAUUUAUCCUUAGAUUUCUUUUGUACUGGAACUGAAAGUUAGAUAAGAUCUAUUUCCGUUCUUAUCCGAGUCUUUUUAUCUCUGAUAUUCAGAUAAAAAUUGAAUAAAAAAGGAGGCAACAAAACCUUAGCUUAAUGCCUCAUCUUCUUCAGUCUAACCACUCUCAAAUCUGGCGAAGGGGUUCGGACUAGCCAACAUAUAAGUAAACUUUAUGCUAACAUUUCAUUUCCUUUGCAUCUAAGUUCCCAUUCAUGAUAAUAGCCAUAGAAUUUGCAACCUUGGUUGGAGUCUCAACUGAAGAACCAGAAUUGAGUGAUAUUGUCUAAAAAACUUGCACACAAAGCAACAAAGCCAUUUGGAUUCCAUAUUGGAGGAUACCAACAAGCAUUAUCACUUUAGUAUAUUCUCUUUGGAAUGACCAAAAAAGCAUCCAUUUCCGUGCCCCAUGUAAGAGUUAAUGGCUUGGCACCAACCAACUGCUCUUAGUGGAAUUUUAUAAGCCCUUUGCCAAACUCUCUAGGUAUGUACUUUGGAAGUUGCUUAAUCUCAAUGAUCACAACUACCAAUUCAGCUUCUGCUUUAACUAAAACUUCCAAGGUUUUAUCUCUUGGACAACAUAUAUUCUCACAAGGACAACUGAUAGGAUUUUUGUUGUUGUGUGUACUUUAUUAUCUAAAUGCAUUGUAGGCUCCAAACUUAUCUUUGGGAACAAUUGUCUACUCCAAGAGAUGCUCAGCUGAGGAACAAGAAAGGAAAUAAUUGGAAGGACAAGAAUUCACCCAUUAUUAUUCCCUCUUCUCUUUGGGGAAAGUCAUGGAGUCUAGGAAGUUGACAGUUGAUGCGGAUUUUGCUACAAGUGUUUUAUGUGAUGACUGGAAUAGAAAGGAAGAAAAGUCCAUUAUCUCUCAUUUCCAAUUUACUGUAGCAUAUUCAGAAGGUUCAACCAGUUCGAUUGGAUCAAUAUCGUCAUCGAGCGUUUGUGACGAAGAUGCAUUAUCGUCAUUCUCUUCUUCUUCUUCUUGUUCGUCUUUGUCCUCGACUUCAUCUUUGUUGUCCCAAAGUGAACUUCGUGAGCAACAACUUCCUAUCAAAAAAGGGUUGUCAAAAUUUUAUGAAGGGAAAUCACGAACCUUUUCAUCUUUAUCAGAUGUGAAAUCCAUAGAAGACUUAGCAAAGAGAGAAAAUGAUUACAAAAAGAAAGACACUCGAAUUAGUCCCAGGGCUACUAUUUCAAAGAAGCAUGGAAGGAGCUCUUUUGCAACCAUGCUGUCUAAGGCAGACACUUUACUUUGAGUUGAGAGAUUUCAUAUUCUCAACUAAAUAUAUGCGCCAUAUGCCUCCUUUGAAUAAAUUGAAGGUGUUGCUACUUAUACAAAAAUGAAAAUAAUUUAGAAAAAAAAACAACAACAUUAAAGGUAGAUAGUUGUGAACUUUAGUAGAAGAGUAUCCAUUGAUUAAUUUCUGUAGUAAUGAAACUUAAUUUGAUGUGAUACCAAAUUUUGAUAGAAAAAAGAAAUUGUGCCUUUA